GUGUCCGACCCCCGGGUGUGAUGGAUCUGGACACAUCACUGGAAACUACGCCUCCCACAGGAGUCUGUCGGGUUGUCCACGAGCCAAGAAGAGCGGCAUCAAAAUCGUCCACAGCAAAGAGGACAAGGACGACCAGGAGCCAAUCAAGUGUCCGGUCCCGGGCUGUGACGGACAGGGUCACGUGACGGGGAAGUACGCCUCUCACCGCAGUGCGUCAGGCUGCCCCCUGGCGGCAAAGAGGCAGAAGGACAGCUACGUGAACGGCUCACAGUUUGUCUGGAAGUCUGGAAAGACGGACGGUAUGUCCUGCCCGACCCCGGGGUGCGACGGCUCGGGACACGUCAGCGGGAGCUUCCUGACACAUCGGAGCCUCUCCGGUUGUCCUCGAGCCACCUCGGCCAUGAAGAAGGCCAGGAUGAGCGGCGUGGAGAUGCUGACAAUCAAACAAAGAGCAAGCAAAGGCAUCGAAAACGAUGAGGAAAUCAAACAGCUGGAUGAAGAAAUCAAAGAUCUGAACGAGUCCAACAAUCAAGUGGAGUCCGACAUGAUAAAACUGAGGACGCAAAUCACCACCAUGGAGACCAGCCUGAAGUCCAUGGAGGAGGAGAACAAGGUGAUCGAGCAGCAGAACGACUCGCUGCUGCACGAGCUCGCCAACCUCAGCCAGUCGCUCAUCAACAGCUUAGCCAACAUCCAGCUGCCACAAAUG